AAUGCCUAAUUGCAGUAUUUGUUCAAUUCAAGUUGAUUGUAUUAAUACACUCAUUUUUCAUAUCGCUAAACAACAUUCAGAUGUAAAAAAUAUAUACAAUUGUGGCGAAUUGAAUUGUUACUCAACUUUUAGCACAAAAGAUUCUUUCAAAAAACAUUUACAAAGAAUACAUGAUUGCCAGUUGAACUCAUUAGUAGUAAAUGAUAUAGAUAUUAAUUUAACUAAUGAAACUCGAGAAUUUUCUAAUAGUGAAAAUCUAAAUUAUGACAGUAAUACUCAGAGUGACUUUCAGCAAAAUACAAAUAAUCCGGAUUUUUCAGCGAAUGAUUUCAAAACUGCCCUUAAUAAAGCAGCAGUAGAACUUAUAGCAAAUAUGUACGCUAAUCUUCGCUUGUCUAAAAAUAUUGUUCAACAUAUUCUCGAUGAUAUUAAGGUUUUCUUGAGUGAAUCUUUUAUAGGUAUAUUAGAAUCAAAAGUAGAAAAUACUCUUAUUAAUUCAAACUGUUCCGACAAAGAUAUUAAUGUAAUUAAAAAAAUGUUUGAUGAUAUAAAAAAUACUUUUGCGGAUUUAGAUACAGAACAUCGACGGUUGAAGCAUUUUGAAAAAUCAGGUUCUUAUAUAAAACCGAAAUCGUAUAUUAUUGAUCGUACUUAUGUUAUUUCAAAAUCAAAAAAAGGUUCUAAAGGUAAAAUGACCGACAUAUGUGGACAAUUCAUACCAUUACGUGCAACGCUUAAAAAAUUUUUUCAGCAACCUAAUGCUUUAACUGACACGGUGAAUUAUAUGGAACAACUUAAAAAUAAUGAAACAGUAAUUGAAAACUAUAUUCAGUGUAAAUCAUGGGCUAAAAAACGAUCUGAAUACAAAGAUGAUGAUAUUGUGAUACCAUAUUUUUUAUCUGGUGAUGACGUGGAAGUUAAUAAUCCUCUAGGUUCUCGAUCAGGAAAGGUUAUGCCCAUUUACGCAUCAAUUCCAUGUUUACCAUCAGAAUGCCGGUCAAAAGUAGAAAAUUAUUUUCUUGUUUUAUUGUAUGACAGUUGGAUUCGUUUAAAUAAAAAUAAAAAAAAUCGAACAUUUCGCAUUUACCGCCCGCUCAUUAAGGAAAUAAAAUUUUUGGAAGAAAAAGGAAUUAAAAUUUUAACAAAUCAAGGUGAAAAACAUGUUUAUUUUGUAUUGGGUCUAAUCCAAGGAGAUAACCUUGGCUUACAUGGUCUUUUAGGCUUUACCGAAUCGUUUUCUGCCACUUAUUAUUGUCGAUUUUGUAAAAUGGACAAAAAUACAUGUCAAAAUACCAUUCUUUUAUCCCCUGAAUUGACUCGAACUGUACAAAACUACAAGACAGACCUUAAAACAAAUAAUAUUACGCUAACAGGUAUACGAGAAAAAUGUGUGUUUAAUUCAGCUUCAUUCUAUGCCGUAGAGAAUUUUUCUGUCGACGAAAUGCAUGAUUUUAGAGAAGGGAUAGCUCAUGAUGAUUUAAUAGAAAUUUUAAGCGCAAUUACUUCACAAAAUAGUGAAUAUUAUGAGUUUUCUGUAUCAGAAUUGAAUGAAAGAUUAGCAGUGUUUGAUUAUGGGCCUAUUGAUUCCCUAAAUAAACCUCCAUUUAUUAGAGAUGACGAUUUGAGCAAAAAUAAUAAAUUAAAAAUGACAGCUUCAGAGUUAACCACGUUUGUUAGAUUAUUGGGAGUAAUAAUUGGAGAUUUAGUGUCGAAAGAUAACCCCUAUUGGCAAUUAUAUCUUAUUUUGCGAGAAAUAUUUGAUUUCAUUUUAGCUAAAAAAAUUACAAAUGAUCAAAUAAAUGCGUUUGAUACCACUAUAAACAGACACUGGCAGCUGUAUAAGCAAUUGACUGGUAAUUCUAUGAAACCAAAGGGCCAUAUUUCUCUUCACUACAAAAAAACGUGUGAGGAAAGUGGUCCUUGCCCACAUUUAUCUUCAAUCAGAGCUGAAUCUAAGCAUACAAAUUUAACAGUACCGGCAUCAGUUAAUAAAUCUCGUGUAAAUAUUUGUAAAUCUAUCGCGAUAAAGCACCAACUAAAUUUAAAUUAUCGUUUUUUGGCAAAUAGAUCUAUUACAGAUGAAAAAAUUACUGGUAUUAAAAUGAAAAUUAAUUCUAAAACAUGGUCAAAAUAUAAUUGUUCAAAUGAAGCAUUAAAUAAUUCCAAAAAAAGUUUUUUUCGAUGGGUAGAAUAUAAAAGUAUUAAAUAUACCCAAAAUAUGGUUUUAAUUACUGGAACGAAAGAUCUCUGCCCAACAUUUGCUUUAAUUGAAUUGAUCAUCAGUCUUGAUGAUCGUAAUGAAUUAGUUUUUGUAUGCAGAAGUAUUGACGUAUUAGGGUUUAAUGAACAUGUAUGGGCAUACGAAGUAAAAACCGAUGAGAAAAUUAUAUUUGUCAAUGUUAAAGACUUACUUGACCCAUUCCCUCUCUACAUUUAUACCUCAGUUAAUAACGAAAAUUUCAUUGUUUUAAAAGAUCAUGUUUGUUAA